AUGCAUCCGUCCAUCUAUCAAGCCAGCUUAUUUUUUGAUGCAUUUCAAAGCCUGUUUCCUGCCAUUCUCAAUCUCGCCAGCAAUGCUCACAUCAGCACCAAUGCCACCUGUGGCGAGAAGGGGCCCGAGAUGUUCUGCAAACUUGUGGAGCAUGUGCCUGGUCGACCUGUACGAAACGCACAGUGUCGGAUCUGUGAUGGCAACAGUGUGAACCCCAAAGAACGCCAUCCAAUAUCAAAUGCCAUAGACGGCACCAAUAACUGGUGGCAAAGUCCCAGUAUUCAGAAUGGGAGAGAGUAUCACUGGGUUACCAUCACUCUGGACUUAAGACAGGUCUUUCAGGUUGCAUAUGUCAUCAUUAAAGCUGCCAAUGCCCCUCGCCCUGGAAACUGGAUUUUGGAGCGCUCUCUGAAUGGCACCACAUUCAGCCCUUGGCAGUAUUAUGCAGUUAGUGACACAGAGUGUUUGACUCGCUACAAUAUAACUCCAAGACGGGGGCCACCCACUUACAGGGCUGACGAUGAAGUGAUCUGCACCUCGUAUUAUUCUAGACUGGUGCCACUAGAGCAUGGAGAGAUUCAUACAUCACUAAUCAACAGCAGGCCAAGUGCUGAUGAUCUGUCACCCAAGCUGUUGGAAUUUACUUCUGCACGAUAUAUACGCCUUCGCUUCCAGCGCAUUCGAACGCUCAAUGCAGAUCUCAUGACCCUUAGCCACCGGGAACCCAAAGACCUUGAUCCUAUUGUUACAAGACGAUAUUACUACUCAAUAAAAGACAUUUCUGUUGGCGGGAUGUGCAUUUGCUACGGCCAUGCUAGCAGCUGCCCAUGGGAUGACACUACAAAGAAACUACAGUGUCAAUGUGAACAUAACACCUGCGGAGAGAGGUGUGACAGGUGCUGCCCAGGAUACCACCAGCAGCCCUGGAGGCCUGGGACCGUGUCUUCUGGUAACACCUGUGAAGAAUGUAAUUGUCACAAUAAAGCCAAAGACUGCUACUAUGAUGAAAGUGUUGCCGAUCAGAAGAGAAGUUUGAACACUGCUGGACAGUUCAGAGGAGGAGGGGUUUGCAUAAAUUGCCUGCAGAACACCAUGGGGAUCAAUUGUGAAACCUGUGUCGAUGGAUAUUAUAGACCACACCAAGUUUCUCCUUAUGAGGAUGAGCCUUGCCGUCCCUGUGACUGUGACCCCGUGGGGUCCCUCAGUUCUGCCUGUAUUAAAGAUGAUAUCCAUUCUGACUCACGUAAUGGGAAGUGGCCAGGUCAGUGUCCAUGUAAGGAAGGUUUUGCAGGAGAAAAAUGUGAUCGCUGCCAAUUAAGCUACAAGGGUUACCCACUGUGCAUCCGUUGUGACUGCAGUCCAGCUGGCAGUGUGAAUGACGACCUGUGUGCGGAGCCGUGUCUUUGUAAGGAAAAUGUUGAGGGAAAAGACUGUCAUCGCUGCAAGCCAGGAUUCUAUAACCUGAAGGACAGAAACCCCCAGGGCUGCUCCGAGUGCUUCUGCUUUGGCGUUUCUGAUGUCUGCAAUGGCCUUUCUUGGCCCAUCAGUCAGGUGAGCAAUAUGUCUGGGUGGCUGGUCACCGAUUUGGUCAGUCCAAGUAAGAUCCCGUCGCAGCAGGAGGCGCUGCAUGGGUGGCGCCAGGUCAGCAUCAACAACACCGUGGCCCUGCAGCGGCUGGCCCCCAAGUACUACUGGGUGGCCCCGGAGGCCUACCUCGGAAAUAAGCUGACUUCAUUUGGUGAAUUCCUGAGAUACACCGUGUCUUAUGACAUUCCAAUGGACACAGUGGACAGUGACCUCAUGUCUCAUGCCGACGUCAUCAUUAAGGGAAAUGGACUUGUUCUAAGCACCCAGGCUGAGGGCCUGUCACUUCAGCCCUACGAAGAGUACUUGAAUGUGGUUAGACUCGUGCCUGAGAACUUCCGAGAUUAUAAUACCAAAAGGGAGAUCGAUCGUGACCAGCUGAUGACUGUCCUUGCCAACGUGACACAUCUCUUGAUCAGAGCCAACUACAAUUCUGCAAAAACAGCUCUUUACAAGUUGGAUUCUGUCUCUCUGGACACAGCCAGCCCUAAUGCUGUAGGCCUGGCAGUGGCCGCUGACGUGGAGCACUGUGAAUGUCCCCAAGGCUACACAGGGACCUCCUGUGAGUCGUGCCUGUCUGGCUAUUACCGUGUGGAUGGAAUACUCUUUGGAGGAAUUUGUCAGCCCUGUGAAUGCCACGGCCAUGCAGCUGAGUGUGAUAUUCGCGGCAUUUGCCAUGCAUGCACGCACAACACCACCGGAGCACACUGUGAGCAGUGCCUGCCCGGCUUCUAUGGGGCGCCUUCUCGAGGGACUCCUGGGGACUGUCAGCCUUGUGCCUGCCCUCUUUCCAUGGCCUCCAACAAUUUCAGCCCCACCUGCCACCUCGAUGACACCAACGAAGCGGUCUGUGACCAGUGCGCUCAGGGACAUGCGGGAGCCUGGUGUGAGAGAUGUGCAGACGGUUACUAUGGAAACCCAAAAGUGCCCGGGGAAUCCUGUGUGCCGUGUGACUGCAGCGGCAAUGUCGACCCUUCAGAGGCUGGUCACUGUGACUCAGUCACCGGGGAAUGCCUGAAGUGCAUGGGGAACACAGACGGCACCCACUGUGAAAGGUGUGCUGCUGGCUUCUACGGGGACGCCGUGACUGCUAAAAACUGCCGAGCCUGUGAAUGCCAUGAAAAAGGCUCCCUUUCCAGUGUGUGCCAUCCUGAGACUGGACUCUGUGACUGCAAACCACAUGUGACUGGACAGCAGUGUGACCAGUGCUUGCACGGCUACUACGGGAUGGACACGGGGCUCGGCUGCCUGCCCUGUGGCUGCAGCACAGCAGGCUCCAUGUCGGAUGACUGCUCGGAUGAAGGACAGUGUCACUGUGUCCCAGGCGUGGCUGGGAAAAGGUGCGACAGGUGUUCACCAGGCUUCUAUGCAUACCAGGAUGGUAGCUGCACACCCUGUGACUGCCCACAUACUCAGAACACCUGCGAUCCCAACUCGGGCACCUGCAUCUGCCCUCCGCACACCCAGGGUCUGAAGUGCCAAGAAUGCGAGGACAGCUUCUGGGGCCAUGACCCGCAGCGCGGCUGCCAGGCCUGUAAUUGCAAUCAUGAGGGGUCAGCCAGCCAUCAGUGUGACGUGAUCACUGGCCAUUGCCAGUGCAAGUCGGAUUUUGGUGGACGGAGCUGUGAUCAGUGCUCCUGGGGUCACAGAGACUUCCCAGACUGUGUUCCCUGUGACUGUGACCUGAGGGGGACAUCGGUGGACACCUGUGACCUGGAGCAGGGUCUCUGCAGCUGUGCACAGGAAAGUGGCGCCUGCACCUGCAAGGAAAAUGUCCUUGGCCUCCAGUGCAGCGAGUGUCGACCUGGCACCUUCGCUCUCCGUGAGGAUGACCCCCUGGGGUGCCGCCCAUGCUUCUGCUUUGGGCUGUCACACCUCUGCUCGGAGUUGGAGGGCCAUGUGAGGACCCCAGUGACUCUGGGCUCAGAUCAGCCUCUUCUGCGUGUGGUUUCUCAGAGUAACCUAAGGGGCACCACCGAAGGGGUGUAUUUCCAGGCCCCCGAUGUCCUGCUGGAUGCCGUGACAGUCCGGCACCAUGUCCAGGCAGAGCCGUUUUACUGGCGGCUGCCAGAGCAGUUCCAGGGAGACCAGCUCAUGGCCUAUGGUGGCAAACUAAAGUACAGCGUGGCCUUCUAUUCCUCGGAUGGCAGCGGCACCUCCAAUUUUGAGCCUCAAGUUCUUAUCAAAGGAGGUCGGACCAGAAAGCACGUCAUUCACAUGGAUGCACCAGCACCAGAGAAUGGAGUGAGACAGGAACUAGAAGUAGAAAUGAAAGAGAAUUUUUGGAAAUAUUUUAACUCUGUUUCUGAAAAACCUGUCACACGCUCAGAUUUUAUGUCCGUUCUUAGCAAUAUCGAGUACAUCCUCAUUAAGGCAUCAUAUGGUCAAGGAUUACAGCAAAGCAGAAUCUCAAAUAUUUCGAUGGAGGUCGGCAGAAAGGCUGAAGAGCUGCACCCAGAGAGGGAGGCAGCGUCCCUUUUAGAAAACUGUCUCUGUCCCCCUGGCACAGCUGGAUUUUCAUGUCAGGACUGUGCCCCUGGGUACCACAGAAGGAAGCUCCCAGAAGGUGGUGGCAGCGGACCCCGCCCUCUGCUGGCUCCUUGUGUGCCCUGCAGUUGCAACAACCACAGUGACGCUUGUGACCCCGAAACUGGGAAGUGUCUGAACUGCGGUGAUAACACGGCUGGUGCCCACUGCGAUGUGUGCACUCCCGGCUACUACGGGAAGGUGACAGGCUUGGCCAGUGACUGUUCUCCGUGUGCCUGUCCUCACAGCCGCCCCGCCAGCUUCAGUCCAACUUGCGUCUUGGAAGGUGAUCGUGAUUUCCGCUGCGAUGCCUGUCGUCUGGGCUAUGAAGGACAGUAUUGUGAAAGGUGCUCCUCAGGCUACCAUGGAGACCCCCGCACACCAGGGGGCAGUUGUCAGAAGUGUGACUGCAGCCCACGUGGCUCUGUCCACGGCGACUGUGACCGCGCGACCGGGCAGUGCGUCUGCAGGCCGGGGGCCGCAGGGCUGCGGUGCGAGGCGUGCCAGCCGAGGCACACGCUGGUGGCAAGUGACUGUGUCUCUUGUGAUGAUGAGUGUGUGGGCGUGCUGCUGAAUGACUUGGACGAUGUUGGAGACGCCAUUCUUUCUAUGAACCUCACUGGCGUUUUCCCUCUCCCCUAUGGAAUUUUGUCAAACCUGGAAAACGCAACUAAAUAUCUCCGGGGAUCUUUGUUAAAAGAAAAUACUCAAAAGGAACUGGCAAAAAUUCAACUGGAAGAUGUUGCAGAGCAAACGGAUGACCUGCAGAAGGAGCUCACUAGCAUGUUAACCAGUAGCCAACAGGCGAAUAGGGCAACUGAGAGAAUCCUCAACGAGAGCAAAGACCUGGCAACGUUUAUUGAGAGGCUGCAGGUGAACGUCAAAGAAAUGAUUGAAAAAGCAGCAACUUUAAAUCAGACCUUGGACAAAGAUUUCCAGCUACCCCAUUCCACUCUUCAGAAUAUGCAACGGAACCUGACAUCUUUUCUGGAAAUCAUACAGAAGAGGCAGUUCACGCAGUUGCACGACAAUACUACCCUGGAACUCAAGGCUGCUGAAGAUUUAUUGUCACAAAUUCAGAAAAAUUACCAGAAGCCACAGGAAGAAUUGGAGGUAUUAAAAGAUGCAGCAAGCAGCCUCCUUUCAAAGCAUCACAGUGAACUGCAGGCAGCAGAAGAGCUCGUGAGAGAAGCAGAAACCAAGACCCAGGAAAGCAACCGCCUGCUGCUCAUUGUCAACGCCAGCCUGCGAGAAUUCAGUGAUAAAAAGCUGCAUGCUCAAAAAGAACAAAACUUGACCUCCGAGCUAACUGCCAAAGGAAGAGGAUUGGUAGAUGCUGCCACUGCACAUGCAAAUGCUGCACAAAACGCUCUAGCACAGUUAGAGCACCACCGUGAUGAGCUACUUUUAUGGACCACCAAAAUCAGGCACCAUGUAGAUGAUCUGGUCAUGCAGAUGUCCAAAAGGAGAGCACUUGACCUUGUCUACAGAGCUGAGGACCAUGCAGCUGAGCUACAAAGACUAGCCGGUGUCUUGGACAGAGGCCUUGGAAACGUCAGACACAUGUCCCUGAAUGUGACAAGCACAGCCCACAUCCAUUCCCACAUCCAGAGCCUGAUUGAAGAAUCAGAAAAACUGGCCACCGACGCUCGCAGGACUGUGACCGAGGCAAGCCUGUUCUCAGAAUCCCUUGUUUCCAAUGGGAAAGAAGCUCUGCAGCGCAGUGCCAGGUUUCUAAAAGAAGGCAACAACCUCAGCAGAAAACAUCAAGGUAUUACAUUGGAACUGAGUGAAUUGAAAAAUACAGCAAACAGAUUUCAAGAGAAUGCUUAUAAAAUUUCUAGGCAGAUCAAUGAAUCACUCUUGAUAUUUAGAGCAAUUCCUGAAGGUGUGACAGACAAGGGAGCCAAAAUCAAAGAGCUGGCCACAUCUGCAAACAGGAGUGCAGUGAACACACUGAAGGACGUGGUGUGACUGAGCCAGAAGCUGCUGAGUACGUCAACUGGCCUGUCCAGAGUUAAUGCCACAUUACGAGAGACAAACGAACUUCUACGUGACUCCACAAUGACCAGUACGUCAGUGCUCUUCCUUCCAGUUAUGAAAAUCUGCAUCAUGCAGAUUUGGAGCUUGCUAAAUGCACAAGAGAAUACAGCAAACAGAUUUCAAGAGAAUGCUUAUAAAAUUUCUAGGCAGAUCAAUGAAUCACUCUUGAUAUUUAGAGCAAUUCCUGAAGCUGCGAAUAUUAAAGUCGCUGUGUCUGCACACAGAGAUUGUAUCCAGGCCUACCAGCCUCAGAUUUCUUCUACUAACAACAACACCUUAACACUAAAUGUUAAGACGUGUGAACCUGAUAAUCUCUUCUAUCUCGGUAGCAGCACCAGUUCUGACUUCCUUGCUGUGGAGAUGCAGCGAGGGAACGUGGCCUUCCUCUGGGAGACGGGCUCUGGGUCAGCAUGGGUGCAGUUUCCUGACUUCCCCGCUGAUGACAACCAAUGGCACAGCAUCCAUGUAUCCAGGUUUGGAAACACUGGUUCGUUGAGUGUAAAGGAAAUGAGCUCAACUCAAAAGCCACCAACAAAAACAAAUAAAUCUCCUGGAACAGCUGAUGUUCUGUAUAUAAACAACUCAACCCUAAUGUUUGUUGGAGGACAAAUCAAGAAAUCUCCUGCUGUGAAUGUUACUCAUUUUAAAGGCUGCAUUGGAGAGGCCUUCUUGAAUGGAAAAUCCAUUGGCCUGUGGAACUAUAUUGAAAGGGAGGGCAGGUGCCAUGGCUGCUUUGGCAGCCCCCAGGAUGAGGACUCUGCCUUCCAUUUUGAUGGGAGUGGCUAUUCUGUUGUGGAGAAGAUGCUCCGGGCUACUGUGACUCAGAUAAUAAUGCUGUUUAGUACCUUUUCACCCAGCAGGCUGCUUCUCUACCUUGCUUCAAAUAAAGACUUUUUAUCCAUUGAGCUGCUCCAUGGCAGAGUUAAAGUCACGUUUGACCUGGGUUCAGGACCUCUUGCACUUAUUACAGACAGACGUUAUAACAAUGGAGGCUGGUACAAAAUUGCCUUCCGGCAGAGCCGGAAGCAAGGACUCCUUGCAGUUAUUGAUGCAUAUAACGCCAGUUAUAAGGAAACCAAGCAAGGGGAGACUCCAGGAACAUCUUCCGACCUCAAUCGUCUUGAUAAGGAUCCGAUUUAUGUGGGUGGAUUACCUAGGUCAAGAGUUCUAAGGAAAGGUGUCAGUAGCAAAAGCUACGUGGGCUGUAUCAAGAACCUGGAACCUUUCUUCUCCAUCAUGCUGAUUGAUGGCCACGUUGAAGUUCAUGUCAAUUCUGGGGAUGAAACCAGCCUGAGAAAAGCUCUCCUGCACACUCCCACAGGCACUUACGGUGAUAGACGAGAGCAUUCCAUUUCCUUGGUUAGGAAUCGGAG